UGCUAUUCAGUCAGUGGGACAUUUUGCAGUUGGGGGGUGUUGGGUGUGUGCCGCGUGUUCCCAAUUUCCCAAAGGUUGGGGAGCGCCAACGUCUUCGAUAUCUGUCCGUGUACAGAGCCGUGGACGCAAGGUGUGCGAUCUGUGGGCCCUCCUUUUCACACUAUCUCACUUAACGUUGUCGCUCCUGAAGUGAUGUUUGCCGUGCACCUCCAUCGAUCUGGGAGACUUUCUUCAGCUCUGCGGCCAACUGCGGAUCCAUAGUGUACCGUGCACUGCGCCUCUCCUGGAAGGUUGACAAAGCGAUGAAUGAGAGAAACAAUAACCCUCCCAUGUUGUGUAGUGCCCAGUGACAUAGAGCUGUUUCUAUAUCGAGGUCAUUUUCAGUGAACUUUAAGACGUUUCGUCACUUUAGUGUUCAUUCGGGGGAAUGGUUUGACUUUUAUUUCUGUUUCCCAUUCGCUAUCGGUAACCCUUUGUUUAUUUCUGGGCUUUGAUUUCCUUUUCCCAUUAGGGUUUAGUACCCCAUUUGUUUCGGUUUGGAAUCUGAAAGGCUGCUGUGCAUGCGGUGCCUUGAGGAUAUGGCUGACUAGCGUAGCCAGGGCGGUGCGCCUUGGCCAAGGAUGGAAGAGAAUCGAAAGGGAAAGGCUGUGGCUCUAGAUGAACCGGACGAGAAUGACAUGACGGCGGGCGUUCCAGGUGCGUUUGAGGCGUUGCGGCAAAGUCACGAAGAUGCAGCGCUCGCGAGAGCGCUGCAAGCGGAAAUGGACGGCCAGGAGUCGGGAUGGGUAGAAGCGCGCACGUCGUGCCCGCAUGCUUGGUCGGUCUGUGAAGCGGCGAUCGAGCUGCCUAGAUUCGACGCCGUGUGCGAGAAAUGUGGGGACCAGAGUGAGAAUUGGGUUUGCCUGACUUGCAAGAAAGUGUAUUGCGGCCGCUACGUCAACAUGCACAUGUUAGAGCACCAGGAAGAGUGUGGGCACCCCGUUGUUUUAGGAUUUAGGGAUCUGUCCUGCUGGUGCCAUCUUUGCUCAAGCUAUCUUGAUGGGCAGUUAAUUCAGGAGGUGGAACCAUUUUUCAACAUGUACCAUUUGAUGAAGUUUGGCAGUCUGCCUAUUCCUAGGUAGGAUAGAGGCGUGAAGGUGGGGGGGAGGGUGGGAGGGUGGUAGGUGGCGGUAGAACAGGAGAGAGCAGGGAGUUGUGCAAAAAAUAGCUGUGGAAAAGGAGGGUGAGGUUGAAGGAGGGUGAGGUUUUUGUUCUUCUUCUUCGCCGUCUUCUUCUUCUUCUUCUUCUUCUUCUUCUUCUUCUUCUUCUUCUUCUUCUUCUUCAGAUCUUCUUCUUCUUCUUCUUCUUCUUCUUCUUCUUCUUCUUCUUCUUCUUCUUCAGAUCUUCUUCUUCUUCUUCUUCUUCUUCAGAUCUUCUUCUUUUUUCUUCUUCGUUGUCAUCGUACCUGUUCUUCGUCUUCUUCUUUGUCGUUGCCAUGAUGGGUGUUGUUGUAUAACUUGUAUUGGGCAGGGAUAAUUUUUGUGUAUCGUAGUCUUUUUGUAGUUGCUGUCUUCAUGAGGACGUUGAGUUUCGGGGAGUGGAUGUUGUGUAUGUAGUGGAGGGGGGAAGGAGGAGGGCAUGUAUCGUCAAAAGUUUUAACAUAGUGAUUGCUGUAUAGCUCACGGCGUCUUCUCAUUUGCAUUUCACUGUGUUCACUGUUUGCCAGUUUCCUCGUGUGCCCUGAAACCUUGGGAAUGUUUUUGAGAAAUGUGCGCUAAGCGCACGCACAUCUUGGCAUGAGCUGCACACAAAUUCGCACCUUGUGGAAUGAACUCAUCUUGGCAUA